AAAAAGGCCAAAAGAAACUGCAGUGCUGAGAGAGACUGCUGACUCUGCACUGGCUGUGUUCUGCAUCGAACAGUCAAUGUUUUUGUUUCUUUUGUGAAUCAGAAUGAGAGAGAAGUAAAGCUCUCGCGAGUCUCAGUCUCGUUGCCUCGCAGACAUGUCGUGCCCCAUUUCAACUAGGCGAGGCACAAUAGCCUACGAUGAAGAAGAGGAACAUGUCCUUCAUGAUGCAUGUGGUGUCAUUGGAGUUGUUUCUUCAAAUUUACAAGAAACAGAAGUUUCCUCGCUGCUCUGCCUUGGAAUGGUUGCUUUACAACACCGUGGCCAAGAGAGCGCUGGUAUGGCAACAACUAACGGCACUUCUCUAAAUAAGCACAAAGGCAUGGGCAUGGUCUCGAAUAUAUUCUCUGAAGAAGAGUUGAAGCGCCUGGCUGGUGUUGCGGGCAUUGGGCAUACUCGCUACAGCACAUCCGGCGUUUCUGAGCUAGUCAACUGCCAACCAUUCAUCGUGGAUUCAGUGCAUGGUCGCAUUGCGCUUGCCCACAAUGGUGAGCUUGUCAAUGCUGGAAAGCUGCGCCAGGAUGUAAUGUCGCGUGGCGUGGGCCUAACUUCUCAGAGUGACAGUGAACUCAUCUUGCAGCUCCUCACCGUCAAGCCUGAUAAAGAGGAGGGCAGCAAACCCGAUUGGCCAGCUCGUAUUUGUCACUUCAUGUCUCUAUCACAGACUUCUUACUCUUUCGUCAUCAUGGUCGGUGAAGAAGUCUAUGCAGUGCGGGAUCCGUUUGGCAAUCGACCGCUUUGUCUAGGGCAAGUAUGUGCUCCCGGUGAAGAUGGUGAGGACUCCGUUUCUGGCUGGGUUGUUGCUUCUGAAUCGUGUGCGUUUCUGAGCAUGGGCGCAUCGUAUCUGCGUGAAGUUCUUCCCGGUGAAAUUGUGUGCUUGCGGCGCUCUGGUAUGAAGACGGAAUGUAUUGUGGAUCGACCAUGCAUACCAGGCUCCAAUGACCGCAAGCCACCAGCGUUCUGCAUCUUUGAGUAUGUGUAUUUCUCCCGAGCUGAUACAGUACAUGAGGGUCAACAGGUCUACAGUGCGCGUUUCCGCUGUGGCCGGAGAUUAGCCAUUGAAGCUCCAGUCGAAGCUGACAUCGUGAGUACGGUGCCGGAGUCGGCAACACCGGCUGCAAUGGGCUUCGCAGAUCAGUUAGGUUUGAAUUACGUUGAGGUGUUGACAAAGAACCGGUACGUUGGCCGCACUUUCAUCUUACCAAGCAUGCGCCUUCGUCGCACAGGUGUCACCAAGAAGUUUGGCUUACUGCAAGAGAACUUCAGGGGCAAGCGUGUCGUCCUUGUCGACGAUUCCAUUGUGCGAGGGACCACCAUCGGAAACAUAGUGCGUUUGCUGAAAAGCAAAGGCGCCAAAGAGGUGCAUGUCCGUGUUGCAUCACCACCGCUCAAGUACCCCUGCUUCAUGGGCAUCAACAUUCCCACACAUAACGAGCUAAUCGCCAACAGCAAGAAUGCCGACCAGCUUGCCGAAUCCCUGGGUGCUGAUAGUCUUGUGUACCUAUCUAUCGACGGCCUUAAAACCACUAUACAGUCCGGAGUGCGAAAGGAAGGAGCAUCUGGACAUUGUAUGGCAUGCUUGAAUGAAGAUUAUCCAGUCUCCCUGGAUUUCUAACUGAUUCAUCUACCGGUUAUAUCAACGCAUCAUCACAACUAGGUGCACUCUGCUUUCAUUUACUUGCCCCCCACACAUGCAUGCACACACACGCGCAAACGCACACAUACGCACACAUAAUCCAUGAUAAUAGAGAGGAUAUUAAAGGACACUCUUUUGUGCUUACUUCUACGCUGUAAGGCUGUAUCUUUCGUUCCACUGUCUCAUGUGGAUGUUUGUUUUGUUUUAUUUAGUGCGGUUCUGUAUAAAGGCUGUGUUUACAUGA